UUAUAAUAUAUGUGUUGUGUAAAAGAAAAAUUAAAUGCACUGUCGGUAUGGCCAAAAGUAUAUUGGUCCUCCCUUCAAUACUGCCUUAAAAAUCUCUCCCAACUCUUCUUCUUCUUCUUCUUAUAGAACCAACUUUGUUCCCUCUCAUUUCUCAAUGCUCAAAUAAUAUACAAACUCUCUCAUCUCUGCCUUAUCUUUGAAAGAAGAAGCUCCUUUGGUUUCUUUGUAUUGGUCUCUCCUUUUACUUUGGUAUCCACUUUUCAAAUUCUCCUCCUUAAAUGGAUAUCUUCAGCUCCAUAUCAACUAAAACAUUGCCUUUUGAUACCCAUAUUGACAACAACAAUAAUAAUAUUGGAGUUUACGGCGACCCCUCCUCCUACAAAGAAGACCAUACCUUCAUCAUCCACAAACUCACUGAGUCCACUCGGUACCUGAAAAGCUCUAACACAAUUCCAGGUAGUGGAGGCCAUGAAGAUGGAGAGAUUGGAAUUUUUGGAGCCGAAAAGUACUUCAAUGGCGGAAUUGAGAAUGAUGGCACCCGCACCGAAAGAUCAGCUCAAAAGCUUGACAAACUUCUUGUACUUGCCGCUCAUCAGCAACAUAAUCUUUUGGAGGAAUCCUUGAAGCUGCCAAAGCCAAGGCUUGGAACUCCGAGCGUUGGCUCCGAAUCGAGUAGUAUCAACAGCCAAAGGCCUUUAUUGAACGUCGUAAAAAAUUCAACAACUAUUGCCAACAAUAAUUAUUCACUCCAGAAGAGGAGUAGUAGUAGUAAUCACAACAAGAGCUUUCUAUCCAACACUUUUGGCUAUUGCAUGUGUUGUUCGAGCAGCGAAAAAAGUGCGGUUGAAGACGUGGGUGAAAUCAGUUUCAGCAAUGCAGUCACAACAAAACCAACUCGGAGUAAUAAUAAUAAUAAUAAUAAUAAUAAUAUAUUCGAGAGAGAAACGCCAUCGUUUCGAGGCUUCCCAACGGCAGCAUCGUCAUCGUCGCUAAAAAUGAUCCAUUUCCAAGAACCUGAGGAAGUCGGAGAGAGAAAGUCGUUAGAGGUUUUCGGUUCGCCUGUGAUGGGAAGGCUCAGAAACAAUAAACCAAUCAGCCUGGAGAAAAGGCUAGCCAUGCUUUCUUGGGAUCACACAAACAACAACAACAACAGCUUAGGAUCAGGAGUAUUUUACAACGAAGACGAAGUGAAUAGCGAUUGCAGCUCCGACUUGUUCGAGAUCGAAAGCCUUACAAAGCAAACCAAUCCAUUCCACUCUCCAACCGCCUCUUGUUACGCACCCAGCGAAGCGAGCGUCGACUGGAGCGUGGUCACAGCCAGUGCACUCGACUUCGAUGAGCGGCGCCUCUCCACUACUAGUCCGACCAGAGUGGUGGCGCCGUCGCUGCCGAUGAGGGUUAAUGUGAACAAAGAGGUUGUUCAGAAGCGGCGGCCGAGUAGUAUUUUAGGGUGUAAAAGUGAGAAAGCAGUGAGAGUUGCUGAAGAUAAUAAUAAGUAUGGGCGCAAGAUGAAUGGGAAGUCCAACUACUGUGAUUAUAACUCUGAGUCGUUGGUGGCAGUUAAAAGGUCGGAGGAUGAGACUAAAGUUGGAGGGUUAAGUUUCAGAUCACAAGGGUCGUCGGCGUCGCUGCUGCCUCUUCCACCGCCACCCCAUCGCGCUCUCGCCACACGCCCGCUUCCUCGUCCUUAUUCUCCAAGGCUGACGAAUAUAAGCUUCAAUAUACAGUAAGAUCAUUGGAUAUUACAACAAACCAGCUCUUCAUAUUUCCAUAUUAUAAUUCCUAUAAUAUCUCUCAACUUUCGGAAUAAACAUUUGAAUUAUAAUUAUUCACUUUAUCGUGGUAUCUUCUUAUUCACCACUAUUAAAAAUUUGAAGAUACAUAGGUACGAAGUGAAGGGUAAGCAUUAUUAUUCUAAACUCUCGUGACCUUUUUUAGUUUUAGGUGAAAGAUCUAGAAACAAUCGAGAUAAGGUGUUAUUAUUCAUCGUUAUUUUCUCUUAUCUAAUUGAUGUGGGACAAUGACACUAUUCUUACGUUUCUAAAC